AUGGCAGAGAAAUCCGGGAUGGAGGGUGCAGGGGGUGCGCCGCAGCCUCCUCCGCGCGAGUCGAUUCCCCUGGGCUUCAGAGACGCCGUCAGGAGCAGGGAGGAUGCACCGAAACCGUCGCCCGAGACGCCGCAGCGAGCCAGUCGACCGCACUCGGGGCUCUCGCUGAACAUGCCACAGCCAUUUAGCCCCAAGAACAGCCAUGCAGCGGCCCGAAUACCGCUGUCCCCGAAGCUGGACUCGUCUCACUCGUUCGGGUCGCCGGCGUCUGUCCUGCCGCGGCGAUCUCGAGGACUGGACUUUUCGCGCGCUUGCACCAACUUACACCACUCUACGCUGGCAGAGUCGUCUCCAGACUCGUCUCCCGUCGUGGGUGGCAGGGGGAUUGCUAUACCGCAACGACGUGGGACCGCGGGGAGCACGGGCAUGGGCGUGGCUGGGUCUCCCGGCAACUCGCAUCACCAGCUACACCAUUGCGUUACUCCCUCUGGCAGCCACGCCGAGAAGGCUGCUAUUUCCAGCUCUGUGGGCAGCGUCAACAUGAUGGACUCAGACUCGUCAAAUACUGAUGAAGAGGACGAAGACGGGUCUAUCCAUGGCUUUGACCGCGGAGACCCCAUUGGAACCACUCCGCAGGCAAAGAAGCCGGGGCUUGGACUUUCGGCUCCGUUUUCUCCCAAUCUGAUACCAGCACCCGGCGCAGACUGGAUGUCCGGGUUCUCCGCUGCAAAGGCAAGCCUGAUGAACUUCCAGCGGGCGAGGUAUCGCAACGGCAGGAAGAGACACAGCUCGUCCAGCGCAAGCGGUGCCAGCCCUAGACUGCUGGCUACUUCGCGGUCCCCGCCAGCAGAGAAAGCCUUUGACAGCACUGGGGCCAGUUACCUGUCACAGAGCCUAGCUUCACGGGAUAUCAGGUCAAAGUUAGAUGAGCUAGCCCACAUUCCCUCCGACUUUCACCUUUCUGACGGGAGCGAUGAUGCGGACAGCGGGAAACAGGCUGGAGUUAGCAGCCCGUCCAGCGGCUCACUUGCGGGAGGCUCCAAUUCCGAGUCCGGUCGCCGAGGCGUCAUUCGACGGCCUGUAACCAGACGAGGGAAUCUUCUGCCAAAACCUAAGAACUUCGCCCGUAUAAGGGCGACGCUGUUCGAAGAAUGCGCGCCUGUGGAGAGUGACACCAAGAAAGAGGCAGAAGUUGUUCGCCAGGUGCGAGAAAAUGAUGCAUCUGUCGCUCCACAACCUCAAUCUAUAUUGCCCAGCGCGUUGGAGAUCAAGGAUUCCACUUCCCCACGCACUGCCCCUGAGGAAGCACAACCGAGGCCGCCCACCAGCUUCAGCCGACAGGUAUCCCGCAACUCUGGCGGUAUCGACUUCUGGAACUCAUUUGAUGGACGAUACAAGACUCCACCGCCGCUCUCAGCGGGGGACCCGACCAUGGUAUCCCCAGGCAUGGAGACGGGAGUCCUGGGCCGGCAGCCCAAGGAUAUUGACCCAGAACCAGAAGUUUUUGCCAAGUUGAACAAACGACGACGGGGUGACGACUUCGAUCUGGCCUCUUUCAAGCGUCGGGCUGUUUCUCCCGGGCCCAGCGUGCACAGUAGCCCCGUUCAAGGCCAUGUUUCUGCCGGUACAGAGACCAGCCGGGUCGGUCAUCUAUCCAAGGCCAUCCUGUUCCAGGGGAGCCAUGCUACUGAGCCCACCUCCAACACUAGCUCAGUCUCUGGGCCCGUCAAGCGAGUCGGCCUCCAGGGCAUGACCGAGACCAGCGACGGCUUCAUGAAGAUGACCAUCGACUGA